AUGGCAGCCGUGGUGCGCCGCUACUUCUACUACCUUAACGAGCGCGGUCACCUCUUCCAUGUGUUCGACAUAAAAGGGCUCGUUGAGGGCACGCGCAUCCCGUCAGGGCCAACGCACCUACGCGACCGGGCGUUUCUUGACUUCUUCUACCUGCGCCUGCAGUACAGCAGCUUGGCCAACUUCACGGAACCUGGCAGUGAGUCGGAGGAGGUGUGCUUGGACGACGGCACUGUUCUGUGGCCGCAGGAGUUCCUUCAUCACUUUCCGUACGUGAGUAUUUGUGGCAAGGAGAUGAAUUUUCUUAAGGUGCAGGAUGCUCCGGUUGUUUUUACCGACUACAGUUUUAACCGCACGGUUUGCAACGAGUUGAGUGGAAUUCUCCUUUUUGGCGAGUCGCUGCAGGAGCCACUUCAGCCAGCCGCGCUGACCGUCACGCGUGAGGGGAAGCUGCUGCACCCCAUUACAACGCUGAAGAAACUUCGGCGCGGUGCUCCGCUCGCUGAUCCGCGCGGCUUGGUGGGUGCGCAGGUGGGGUUAAAGUUGGGCUUUGACUUUGUCUGCGAGGAGCUUGACAGUGACGGGCAUUACGUCCUGGAGUGGGGCGGAAAGAAGUGUGUUAUUCCUUUCGCCGAUGAGUGA